AUGUCGGGAGAGCAGAAACGAUCCAAGACUGGCGACACUGCUGAAACCAGUGACACAAUCACUAACAACAAGACCAAGUGGUCCCGCUGGUGUAAGAAGUUCUGGUGGACCUUCGGCGGGCUGGUCGUCGCGGUCAUGGUCGUCUCACUGUCCUUCGUGGCAGAGCCAGACUGUGCUGCAUAUAAAGCCACCGGACACAUGGCAAGUGGAGUCUACACACUUGGCUCAACCCCGGCCCUGGCCGGUGUAGAGGUCUACUGCGAUAUGAAACCAGGAGGUGGAUGGACUGUGAUCCAACGGCGACUGGACGGGUCGGUUUUCUUCAACCGGACCUGGGAGGAGUACAAGCACGGGUUUGGGAACAAGAACGGGGAAUACUGGCUUGGGAACGAGAACAUCCACCGCCUGACUACUCAGAAGGACUAUAUCCUGCGCAUCGAUAUGAUGGACUGGGAUGGAAAUAAACGCUACGCGGAAUACAACACAUUUAGGGUGUCCGGUGAGUCGGAACAGUACCGGCUGACCAUUUCCGGGUAUUCAGGCACAGCGGGAGACACCAUUACGGACAGCUAUUCCAUUAAAAGAGGCGGCAGUUGGCAGACCAGCGGGCAGAUGUUCUCCACUGUGGACAGGGACAAUGAUGGCCACAUUUUCCGCAGCUGUUCUCAGCGUUACGGACAGGGCGGCGGGUGGUAUAGAAAUGGCUGCGGCGGCGCCAAACUCAACGGCCGCUAUCUCGGCAACUGUGGGAACUCCUGUCCACACGCGCAAGGUGUGACGUGGUACGACUGGAGAGGCCAUAGUUACUCCCUGAAGUCUGUGUCUAUGAAAAUCAGGCCACGAUAAUCGCAUCUAUUCUACUAAAUCUGAUCACACCCAGUUAUCCACAAAAUCAUCAAUCCUACAUGUCUGUAACGCUGACAAGCAACGCUCUCUAUUGUAGCGGCUUUGUCUGUUAAAAACAUACAUCAGAAUGU